UUCCUGGAAGAAAAUAGACAUUUUCGAGGUAACUGAGCGGCUCACUGGCCGAAACGAGCCUCCAGCAUCUACUAAACCCUCAUUACUGCCCCUGUUUCUACAUUAAUGUGCGCAUUUCGGCUCCUCGCUCCUGCCGUUAAAUAGCCAGCUGGUGCGAAGCGGCGAAAAUAUCCGCGGCCGGAACUUACAGUCGCUUCUGUUUAGCACGUUAGCUGCUGCAGCUAAGCUAAGCUAAAGUUAGCCUUGGCGGUGUUUGCGGCUGAUGGCUGACUUCGGCAGCAGGAUCCUGACAUCUUCUGAACAUCUUCGAGGUGGAGCUGCAGGAAAAGCGUCGUCGUCCUCGGUCAUGGCCGGAAACGGAAACUGGGAGGCUGCCGGCAGCAUGGACCAGAUCACCGUGGUGAGGAUCGACGACACGCACAUCGCAGGGGAGCAGUCGCACAUGGGCGGGAAGGCGAGGAGCAACGUGACCGAGUACUACGAGAUGGAGUAUUCGCUGCCCGCCGAGGAGGAGGUGGUAGAGGAGGAGGAGGAGGGCGUCUACGUCAUCGAGUACUCCAACCCCGAAGAGGAGGGAGAGAGCUACCAGUUCACCGUGUCCGUCGACCGCUCGCUUCCCGCCAAGAAGCCGGUUGUGAAGCGGCCGGUGGUCCGAGAGAGGAGCGCAGAUCCGCCACCGUCCAGACUGAUGAGGCCGAGGCUAGAGCAGAAGAGGAAGCUGGAGGAGGCGAGGAGGGAGGAGCUGGUAAGCAACAAGAGCGUCCUGGAGCUGGGUGAGGACUACAGCGAUGUCAUGAACUCGGGGCAGAGGCAGCUGGUGUGCACCAUGUGUCCGCCGCCCGGCAAGACCUUCAAGAGGGCGUCGGGCCUCGCCGUGCACCUGAAGCAGACGCACCACAUGGAGGGCAAGAAGACGUUCUUCUGCACGUCCUGCCAGCAGUCGGUCCGCACGCAGGUGGAGCUGGACGCCCACACCCGUCGCCACGCCAACCAGGACGCCGUCUUCACUUGCCACGUGUGCCCGGCCGGCGGUCUGGAGGCGUUCAGUGGCUCCAGGUGGGGUCUGAGGAAGCACCUGGAGAAGGAGCACCCGGGCGUCGUCCCGCGCUGCCACGUCUGCAGCAAGGGCUUCAAGACGCUGGCAUCGUACCUCGCAGACCAGUUCCGGCACGUCGGGGUGUCGCCAUACUACUGCGCCAAGUGUCAGAUCUACGAAAUGACUGAGAGGGGGUUGAGCGUGCAUGUCAAGAACCACAACAAGAAGAAGAAGAGGGAGCAGCAGCAGCAGCAGCAGCAGGAUGGACACGAGCCGCCGCCAGAGCCAACAGGAAUCCUCGCCGCCGAUAACUCGGCCACAGACGACUCCGACUUCUGACCACAUUCCUGCUGGUCGAGACUGAAGCAGCUCAAGAGACUCGUCUGACUUUAUGCAUCUGAACUGAAUGUCGGACAGAAAUAAACGUUUGUCACCGUUAGAUUGUUGUUGUUUUUUUUUUUUUGUUUUUUUUUUAAACAAUCAUCCCUUUUAUUUGGGAGUUUUCCAUCAUAAUCUGGUUGCAGAACAGAGAAUGUGAAGGUGCAUCAUGCUGGGUUAUUAUGUUUUAUUUUACAUUUUUACUCACUGUAGGUUAAUUUUUCUCUGCAGCAUAAAAUCCUGAACCUCUGUGGAAACAGAACAACCACCACUAGAAGUAGAGAGAACUUAAAUAUGGCUUAUGAGUGUUACGGCAGAAUUAAAAUGUCAUGCAUUAUAAAAAAUAGGGAAAAAAGUUGAUGACUAAUUUCACAAUAAACAAGAAAAUUUGGA